UGCUCACUUGACGCACAAAGCACAGGUAGCUUGCUAGCGAUCCCCGCUCAAGACGGCUGCUGUUGGUCUGAACUGUUGUGUGGACUUUUAAAUAUGUUCCUCAGAACUGUAACUCGCUUGGGAUUUGCUGUCGGGGUAGACUAACCACUGUAAUUCAUGUAUUUAGAUCUCAAGUAUUAGGGUUCAAAUACCACAACCUAAUCUCCCUGGACUAUUAAAAGUGGAACGGCGGGCUCGCGGAAUCUUCAUUGCAGCAACUCUCUGCACUGACCACACGUUCUUCUACCCGUGGUGUUGUAUUUUACCACAACUUUAUUUUCCUUCGAUUUUGUAGUAACACUCACGACAGUUUAAAAUUUUCGCACGCAUUCGGUAAACGUAACACAAUUUGACGCUCCUCGUAUAAUUCUUUUGGGGUGUUGGUUCGUUUUGAACGUCCCUUUACGCGCUGGAUAUGUGGUGGAUGUUGUUUCCCCGAUGGAUCUGGUUUCUCUUUGGACAGUGUUACGUCUUACUUCUGGUUAAAGACAGCUGUGUGAGGGUGAGAGCAAUGCCAAUGUCCAUACCCAACAAAGUAGUGUACUCUCACGCGGGUAUGUGCCCCAACGAGAUGAACCCAAACCUGUGGGUGGACGCAAUGAGCACCUGCAUGCGCGAAUGCGAGUCGGACCAGGACUGUGAGACGUUUGAAAAAUGCUGCAACAACGUGUGUGGGAACAAGAGCUGCGUGGCGGCGCGCUACAUUGACAUCAUGAAGGGACCGGUGGGCAUGCCUAAAGGCGCCACGUGUGACAAGUUCAUGUGUACACAGCAGGGCUCCGAAUGCGACAUCUGGGAUGGCCAGCCUGUGUGUAAGUGCCGGGACCGCUGUGAGAGAGAACCCCACUUCACCUGCGCCUCAGACGGCAUGACCUACUACAACAAGUGUUACAUGGACGCUGAGGCCUGCUCCAAGGGCGUCUCCAUCUCUGUGGUCACCUGCAGGUACCACCUCACCUGGCCCAACACCAGCCCAUUGCCCGUAGAGACAACCCUGAGGCCAACCACUGCCCUCCUGGAGACCACACUCCCCGCUGAUAUUCACCCGCCAAUGAUGCUUAGCAUCCCUGCCCAGCAGGCGGUUUUUGUGGGUGACACGGCCAGCUUUCUGUGCGAAGUGUCGGGCAAGCCCAGUCCAGAUGUGACCUGGGAGAAGCAACUGGAGGGCAAGGAAAACCUGGUGAUGAGACCCAACCACGUCCGGGGCAACGUGGUUGUCACUAACAUUGGCCAGUUGGUCAUCUACAACGCCCAGCAGCAUGAUGCCGGCAUCUACACCUGCACAGCUAAGAAUGUAGGCGGGACGGUGGUUUCACACUUUCCCCUGACGGUAAUCCAGAGAGACCCGGGCCGGAAAGGAGGCGAGGAGGGCAAUGCCACCAAUCUGUUCCCUUUCCCAGCCGCGGAGUGCCUUAAGGGGCCAGACAGCGACGACUGUGGGGAGGAGAGCAUAAGCUGGUAUUACGAAGCCAAGAGGAACAACUGCUUCACUUUUACCUACAGCCAGUGCAACAAGAACCGCAACCACUUUGACAGCUACGCGGCGUGCAUGUUGUCCUGUGGGGCCGAGCUGUCGGCCCCCUGCUCCCUCCCCAGCCUGCAGGGCCCUUGUAAGGCGUACGAGCCCCGCUGGGCCUACAGCAGCGCCCUCAAACAGUGCCAGUCAUUCAUCUGGGGUGGCUGUGGAGGUAACGAGAACAACUUUGAGUCCAAAGAGGCCUGUGAGGAGAUGUGUCCGUUUCCAAAGAACCACAACUGUAAGAUGUGUAAACCGCGGGGCAAGAUGGUGGCCAGCUUCUGCAAGAGUGACUUUGUCAUCCUGGGGCGCGUAACGGAGAUGACUGAAGAGCAAGACUCGGGCCACGCCCUGGUCACAGUGGAGGAGAUCCUUAAGGACGAGAAGAUGGGCCUCAAGUUCUUUGGCCAGGAACCCUUGGAGGUGACCUUGAUGAACAUGGACUGGAACUGCCCGUGCCCAAACAUUACCACGGCUGACGGGCAGCUCAUCAUCAUGGGCGAUGUUCACAAUGGCAUGGCUGUGCUGCAGCCAGACAGCUUUGUGGGGAACUCAAGCGCUCGACGGGUGAGAAAGCUCCGGGAGGUCAUCCACAAGAAGACCUGUGACUUUCUCAAAGAAUUCCCAACCAUACAAUAGUGACAUUCUCAACAGAAUUAGAACAAUCAGGUAGGGUCAACAUCUAGAAGACCAGGCUGUACAUUUCUUCAAGAGUUCCCAAACAUACAGUAGUGACAUUCAGAGAAGUCCCUGUUAUCCAGCAGUGUAAACUAGGACUUUUCUUUCUUGUCAGCAUUUCUUUCGAGUCAGUAGCCGGUUGAUUGGUUUUGUUGAUUCUUGAUUUGUCUUUCAACAUAAGACAAGGACUGAAACGGCUUAAUACUGAUGUGACAAGAUGUUUCCCUAUCUGUGACUCUGGUUUUUUGCGUGGUUGUGAAAAGAUGGCAUUUUGUUCUGGCUAAUUGUUUCUCUUAUCCAGUGACAAAGUAUGUGAACCCUUCAGCAUUAUCUAUACUUCUGCAUGAAUUUGACCAAAAAUGUUAUCAGAUUUGAUAAGUAUACCUGAUUAACAAUACACUCUUGUUGGAUAGAUUUGCAUUUAUUUUUGUUUAGGGUUUUCACUUUCUUCCUUUUUUUUGCCCACUAGUUAUUUCAUGGCAAAUAAUGUAUACUUACAUGAUGACUGAAACGUUUAUCUUUGUGUCAUUUGUCUAAUCGGUUUUAUUCAACCUACUAACAGGACGUGUCACAUUUUAGGUCAAAUAAAUGCAGAAAUACAGAAAAUCGCUCUGCUGACUUUCUCUCACCAUUUCAUGACUGUCAUGCAUUGCCCCUUCCUUGGAGGAAGGCUGGUGUUUUCUGAUUCCACAGAUUUCCUUCCCUCAGUGCAAAAAUACUUCCUCAAAAAUGAUUAAAAAAAAUGCUUAAAAUAAGCCAAAAUAUCUGCCUGUGCAGUGAGAAAAUGUUGCUGUAACACGACCGAAAAAUCUGAAAGCAAGGUACAUAGUCUAAUUCAGACGCAACAACGAAUCAAAACAAGCCUGAUAUACUUGUUUUCAGAAUAUCAGAUUGGUUCCGAUUUGUCCAUGUGUCUGAAUUAGACUAUGUACCUUGUUUUCAAAAUGUAUUUUGACUUUUUGUUUUUGUUUUUGUUGCAGUGCUCAGAGAUGUUGACAUUGCGAUUUGGGGAUCUUCAGUACUAUGUUAAUGGGUUGAGGUGUUUAAAAGCUGAUAUACUUUAUUUGCUUUCACUUUAUGAAUGUCAUGCUAACAGUUUGUUUAGUAAUGCAGGCGUGGCUUACCUUGUAAAAAGCUAUACAUUUCGUAAGAUAUUUUAGUUUAACUAAAAUUGCUCUUUGAAUAAUGCUUAAUUCAUAUAUAUUAUCUUAGUAUCAAAGCCUGUCAUAUAGCUGGAGUGUUUUAAACUUGUCUUAAAGUAUCUGUGGUAUACUGCAAGAAAACCUUUUGUAAUAUAAUAUAUUCUGAGCACUUAAGCUCAUUACAAUAUAAUGUAAUGCUACUGGAAUCAAACAACCCAUUGGAUUCCACUAAAAACACUUUAGGUCAUGAUUGCUUUUACAGUAUGCAAACUUCUUUUUAAUAACAUCAUAUUUAUUUUUGAUCCUCUCCAUUUUGAGCCAUGUCCAAUCCAUUAAUGGAAAGACUAUAAACAUAGCUAUUUUACGUUCAUUUGUAAAUUCAAAUGUUAAAGAUGUUCAUGUAACACAAUGGUAAAGAAAUAAAAAAAAGUACUCUUUGAAAGAAUGACCCCUUAUCACUGUGUUGCACUAUUUUUCAUUCUCUCUGUGUUACUGUAAGCACGGCAGAUUGUGUGUUUGUGUGUUUCUGUCAGUUCUAUUGUCUUUCUGCCUUACUGCCUGUCAACAUAGACUAAUACAAAUACAUCCAACCCACACUGGUUUGAGUAGUAUAGCUUUUAAAUGUUUCAAAUGUGUGUCUUGCAUGUGAUUUCUGUAAUUUGUAAUGCAUCUCACUUGCAUGUAAUGUCUUUCUGUCUGUAAUGUCAGUUUUUGUUUUUGUGCCAGACCCAAGGAAGAAAAACUGUUGCCGAAGUAUCAGCUAACAAGGACACUAAUAAAAGUAAAAUUAAAGUAA